GUCACCUCUCGUCCCACUGUGCCAUGAGAUCUGUAUAAUCGGGGACACAUGCGCCGGUUGCACGCACUGCCAGCUGCGAUUGCUGCAACCGCCGAAGGCGACACUGAUUCAGCCGCAACGGGGGUUCAGACCAUGGACAUGGACAUAUAUAGCUCAGAAAUCGGCCAGACACAUGCCACGCGCUUCCUGUUCAGUCGAGCGAGCUUGCUCAGCGACAGCAGAUCGAGUGGGAUGCGAUUCAGGACGUGCGUGACCAUAGGCCUCAUAGAGCCACCCAGGAAUCGCGGGCUAAUGGAGCUGAACAACGACUGCCUGCUGAUAAUUUGCGAACAUCUUUCGCUGGGGGACCAACUGAGAUUGAUGGGACUGCAGGAGGAGCGACUAUCCAGUUUGAUACUCCGUCUGUGGAGCAGUAGAUAUGCCAAACAGUUCGAUUUUCGCCGGGAGCUGCUUUUAAAGCUGCUAGAGCCAGAUGAGCAGGCUGAAAUAUUGAAUCACUUGGGUCAGCGAACCAGAGCCUUAAUUAACCUGCCAGGAACUGGCGAAGGUUGCCGGAAGUGGCUCAAACGGAAGCGAAGAAGCCUUAAUCAUUUGCAUAGGCUCAGUUUCACCAAAAGCAAUACCUUUGUGCUACAAAAACUACCCCACCUGUGCCCCAAUUUAGUGGACCUUAAGCUAGGUAAAGGUGUGGACUUAACACCCCUAGCAAUGGAUUUUCUGCUUAAAAACCUUAAACAUCUCAGAGUAUUUGAGCUGCGCUCUAACCGAAACUGCAGCCAACUGAAGUACCAGUAUCCCAGAAAUUUGGAAACCCUGCGACUGCCAGCCUGUAUGGUAAAUACCAGCGCUGCUGAGAUCUUUCAAUUGUCCAGACUCCGUGAACUGACGGCUUUUCUGUGUCAAAACUCGGGGCAGGGUCACCUGGCUGACGAUGAUGAUGAUGGCAAGGCAAAUGCCAGUGCCACUGGAACUUUGUCCGCCUGCCUGCAGCAAAUUCGGGGUCGCAACUGUCGGAUUGUGGGACUGCGUUUGCAGUGUCGACUGGAUGACUGGCUGCUGCCAGUGGCCAUCGUGGAGGAUGUGUUCCGCUUGCAAUCCUUUGCAUGGCACUCGCAGCUGACGGUGCACUACGAUGUGGCGGAUGGGAUCGUCAAGUGGAUGCCGCAGCGACCGCAGGCGGUGUACUCCCUCCUCCGCUUCCUUGCCACCCAGGCGGCCAGUUUGCGGCAAUUGGAUUUCACGCGUAACGCACAUGCCACGCCCACAUUCCUCGCCCAGCUGGACGCCCACUUGAAGCGGGCCGGCGGAUGUCCUUCCACCCAACUGACAAAUACGGAUGCGAAUGCGGAUGCGAGUGCGGAUGCAGAUGCGGAUGUGGACACGGCUGAGACAAACGAUUUGGCGUUUGUCGAGCUGGAAUUGCUGCAUUUGCCUAAUGAACAAACGGAAGCGAACACCGGAGAGAUGACAGCGAUGAGGGAUUAGGCCAAAAGGAUAAUGGAUGGUGCCUCGCAUCUCAUCCGAUUGCUGACGCUAGUGGGCGCAUAAUGGCAAAUUAGGCCAGGGGGAAAGUGAAAUUGGCAGCACAAGAGUGUUGCUAAAUUUCGGUUAAGAAGUCAUUAAGUACUAUUACUUCGUUCAUAUUUUAGAACGAAUUAAGCCAAAAAUGUUGUUUAUUUGAAUCAUGUAUUAUUAUUGUGCAAU